AUGUCCAACGUGUUCGUGACGCUGUUGCUGUUCGUGGUAGUGGGAUCGAUAUUGGCUCUGGUGUUCACGCGAGUUAUAUGCGGUAAUAAAAACGACGCGGAACGACGUUUGAACGGUUACGUUUCGGUACUGAAGCGAAAACGGGCUCGCGAAGCCGAACGAAAGGAGCGCGAACGGCGAGACAAAGACAAACACGGACAGAGUAGCGAAGACGACGACGACAACGAAGACCCGAACGACGUUUCCAAAUUAGACGACGCAGGUGCGUACGGUGAGCACGGUAGAACCGUAUCACCAACGCCGAAUUUGUCUCGAGUCUACGUAGUCGCGCCGAAGUUGAUUCUUUCGGACAACGACGCGUUCGAUAACAACGCGAGUGGCAACGACGCGUACGGUAGCGACGCGCUCAACUCGCGUCGUCGCGACGCGAGCGCGUUUUCAGACGCGACUGCGAAAGAGCCCGACGUAACCGCGAAUUCUAUACUUUCGAACGCGACGAAUUCGAACGAAUUUGCUCUCAAUGUUUCAGCUUCGUCGAAGGACCCAAAUGGAGCAUACGCGACGAAUCUGUACAGAUCUUCGGGAAGAUCGCGCAACGCGAACAACGCAGAAAACCCGCACACGAUCGAAAUCGCCGACAGAACCGUACCGUUGAAGAAAUUGAGUCGCAACGCCAAAGAAAAUCCUCUGUACGUUAAACCCGACGCCGUUGCUAAACGGUAUUUCGCGAUAGACGCUCAACGCGAAGAGUUGGAGCGCGAACGUCGCAGAAACGAGGAAUCGGAGCGCGAACGUCGCAGAGAAGCCGAGGACAACGAACGGCGCAAACGCGAGCGCGUUGUAGCUGACAAGAUCAGUGCUAUAUCCGGAGCCGAAGCGAUGAUGAUGGCGGAUGAUCCGUCCGCGUACAACCUCGACGAUUCGCCGUCCGCUGGAACAACGAUCGGUCCGACCGAUCGAGUGCUCUCCAGACGCAAGCGAGCUCGCUCGGACGUAUCUACGCAAUCGUCGAAACGUCGAAUUGUUGACAAGUGUUCGACAGCGUGCACUUGCGACAAGUGCGAAGCGUGCCGCGGCGACGACGACUCGAGCGCUCCGCGCGCAGCUGACGCUUCGAACGUCGAUAGCGUUUCGGUGACGCGUUCGUCCGCAAGUACCGAUCGAACCAACAACGACGUCGACGACAAAUCCGGGAACGAAAACGAAGACGACGUCGAACCGCUUUCGACAACCGGCAUAACCGUGCGAUUCGCGGACGAAAUGGAAUUUGCGAAUCGCGCGGUUUUGACAAACGCCACGAAUGAUUCGAUCGCAACCGUGUCGGACACAGGUGCGCAAUCGUCGGCAGCGUCGAUAGAACCGUUAACGAAGUCACCAACUAGCAUCAACAACGUUCGCGGUCGAAGCAACGGAGUCGACGUUGCGACGACACUCGAUCGAAACGAGCCAACGAUUGCAAACGGAUCGUUUCCGCGCAUCGAAUCGAUAUCAGAGAACGACGCGGCACGGUGCGCUGCGUGCAAACACGACGCUAAAUUGUGCACGUGCGAUAAAUUUGAUAAACUUGGUACACCAUCGCCACCCGUAGCGUCCGCGAGCGCGACACCCGUAGCGCCCUCGAGCGCGACACCCGUAGCGCCCUCGAGCGCGACACCCGUAGCGCCCUCGAGCGCGACACCCGUAGCGCCCUCGAGCGCGCCACCCGUAGCGUCCGCGAGCGCGACACCCGUAGCGUCCGCGAGCGCGACACCCGUAGCGCCCUCGAGCGCGACACCCGUAGCGCCCUCGAGCGCGAAUAUAAGCGAACGUCAACGCAUGCUGGAGGAGUACGAGGAACAACGUCGAAAAAUGGAACGCUUGUUGGAACAAGAGGCCCUUGAGGAACAACGUUAUCGCGAAUCUUUAAAACGGCGCGAUUUGUCCCGAGGUGCGAAAGUUGAAACAGGUGAGAAUUCGAACGCUUCGCCAAUCGCGUCGAACGAUUUUACUAUGGACUCGCAAUUGACCUCUGUUGCAACAGCGGUAUCCAAAGUUGAUUCGACGAAACAACCAGUUGUCGUUACCGAAGAUACGGUCGCACUCGGCGGCUACAUCGAACCGAUCGUUUCGCAAGGAACGGCGCGCUCGGACACCGAUUCAACCGCGAACACCGAUAACACCGAUCGCUCCGUUUUCACGAGCGAAGCUACGAUUGUUGCGAAUCGCGCGAUCGAAGACAAGGAAUCCGCUGCGAGCGAAGCUGCGAUUGUUGCGGAUCGCGCGAUCGACGACAAAGCGUCCGUUCCAAACGGCAUAGAAGUCGAGUCAACGGUUUCCGAAGCAACAAUGGGUUCGGGAACGAGCGAUUUCGCUCGAUCGUUAGAAGUUGAUAAAUCGAUCGAAUCAAACGCUUCGAACGAAGCAACCGUUGCGUCCGUGCACCGCGGUAACAACGACGUUGCGGUAACCGAAACUUCGGUCGAUUCCGAAAACACCGCUGCGGCAAUCGAGACCUCGGUCGAUUCCGAAAACACCGCCGCGUCAAUCGAGACCUCGGUCGAUUCUGAAAACACCGCCGCGUCGUCCGGUUCCAACGAAUCAACACCGUCGUUUGUCAACGAUAACACCACCAGCGACCGCGACGCUGUCAAUGCAGCGGUCGAGGGAACAACCGUUUCAUCCGAAUUUACACCCGUGGAAUCGUUGGACGCGAGAGACGUACGCAGCGAACAACCGGCUAAUAUCGCACCGAUGUCACCUUUCGAAGACGCUGCCGCGCCUGUUGUACCACGCAAGAAGCGUCGCGUAAAGCGCAGUUCCGAAUUGUAA